AACUGAUUUAAUUCAUUUUUGUGACGGAACGAUGUAUCCUUGUAAUAAGUGGUCAUCUCCUACCCGUGCCAGCAGAGUUUAUUAUCUAAUUUAGUAAUUACCAGUCGCCUCAGUUCAUCACACACUACCACGCGCAGAAUCUGAACGAAAAAAACAGUCUCUCUCGCUACAUGAAACAAUUACCAUCAGGUGAUAUUGUGGUAUCAUGAAUCAACAAUGACACAACAUAAAUAAACGAAAUAAAUAGUGGGUUUUAGCGCGGAACACGCAGUAAGUAUGUACUAGAAGUACAGUGUAAAGCAAAAUGUGGAUAACUAGUUCAAUUACUGGUGACUUGAUCACCCUACUUAUUACCCUAUCGGUUAUUCUGAUUGGUUACUGCAAAUGGACCUACCAGUACUGGCGACGAAGAAAUCUACCAUACCUGGAACCCAGCAUACCUUUUGGUAACCUUGGUAACCCCCGUGGGUCCAGAAAACACAUAGGAGAACGACUCGAACGUGUGUAUAACGUCAUGAAAGAUAAAGGCUGGAAACAUGGAGGAAUCUACGGGAUGCUGUCACCUAUCUACGUCCCAAUGGACUUAGAUCUAGUUAAGAACAUCAUGACUAAAGACUUCCAGUAUUUUCCAGACCGUGGGAUUUACCAUAACGAGAAAGGAGAUCCUUUGUCGGCCCAUUUGGUGAACAUAGCUGGCGUUAAAUGGAGAAAUUUACGAACAAAACUUACCCCCACUUUCACGUCUGGAAAGAUGAAGAGCAUGUUCCAAACUCUCGUCGAUUGUGAAGUUCACCUACACAAAAAAAUCGAAACAGAGUGCCAAAGAAAAGCAGCUGUUGACAUUAAAGAAGUUCUUGGAUGUUUCACUACUGAUAUAAUAGGGUCUUGUGCAUUUGGUCUUGAAUGUAACACAUUUGAAGAUGAGAAUUCACCUUUUAGAAUUUACGGACGUAAAGUUUUUGAUCGAUCGACUGAACUACAAGUAAAAAGAACUUUUGUUAAUACUUUCCCUAAUUUGUCGCACUUGUUUAACAUCGCUUUAGUACCACGUGAUAUACAUAACUUUUUCAUGAAGCUGGUUAAAGAUACGGUUAAUUAUAGAGAAAAGAACAAGGUCAACAGAAAAGAUUUCAUGCAGAUGCUUAUCGAUAUGAAGAAUAAUAAGUUAGCGGAGGAAGAAGGGUACAAACACGAUGGUACUACUCUUUCAAUGGACGAAAUAGCAGCUCAAAGUUUUGUUUUCUUUAUUGCUGGGUUUGAAACAUCAUCGACUACCAUGACUUUCGCUCUGUAUGAAUUGGCCAAACACCAAGACGUUCAAGAGAAGCUUAGAAAUGAAAUUAGGUCAGUUUUGGCCAAGCACGAUGGGAAAAUUACUUAUGAUGCUAUCCAAGAAAUGAAGUAUAUGAACCAAGUGAUUGAUGAGGCGCUAAGAAUGUAUCCACCUGUACCUCUUCUACCAAGAAAAUGCAUCAAGGAUUAUAGAGUUCCAGAUACUGACGUCAUCAUCGAGAAGGGUACGAUGGUUUUGAUAUCAGUAUUGGGAAUUCACCACGACGCCGAGUAUUAUCCUAAUCCUGAAAUAUUCGAUCCUGAGCGUUUCAGCGAAGAAAAUAAAAGUGCGAGACACGGUUAUGCACAUCUCCCGUUUGGUGAAGGUCCUAGAAAUUGCAUAGGAAUGCGUUUUGGGCUGAUGCAGUCCAAAGUCGGGCUUACUUCGUUACUUAGAAAUUUCAGGCUUACUUUGAAUGAGAAAACUCAGGAACCUUUGAAAAUGAAGACUAACUCUUUGGUGCUUGCGGCCAAAGGAGAGAUCUGGUUAAAUGUUCACAAAGUUUGAAUUAUAUUUAUUAUAAAGUAAUAUCGCCACAGGAAAAAAAUUAGUAAAUAAACAACAACCGUCA